AUGGACUACAGCGGAUCAGUGACAAAUGGCAGGCCAGCUGCUACUUCUGAUUCUAAUCCUAAAUCAACCGAAGCUUCUUCCCUUCCUCCCAGCUCGACAUCAACCCCUCCAAAAACCUCAACUACAGAUCCUGUAACAUCUACCACCACUAACCCAACUACGGAUCCUUCUGGUACUACUUCCACGACGAAUGAUCCUCCUCCAACAUCAACCACCACACCCCCUCCUUCCAUAUCAACCACUACUUCACCACCGCCCGUCAUUAGUACCACAAAGGAAGUUGCUACAUCUACACCUGUUCCCAUUGUCACUGUAACAACAUCAGGCACUGUUGUUCGCACGUUUACAUCCACUUCUUAUAGCAGCUAUAUCACGCAUGUUGCAACAGCUAUACCUUCUCAGGGUGGAGGUGAACCUGGAUCGACCAACGUAGGUGCUAUUGCAGGCGGUGUCGUAGGCGGUGUCGCAGCCAUUGCUCUGAUAGGGUUUAUCGUCAUUCUACUAUCGAGACGUCGUCGCAACAAAAACAAAAAGGAAACAUCAUACGAAUCAGAGACUGGCGGUGCAGGUGGUCCUAUCAACCCACAUCCAUUCGCUAAUAACUACAAUACAUAUGGUACACCCACAGUGAUCUCUGAUAAUAAUAGUCUACCCAGCAGCAGACCACUCUCGAUGAGCACAGCUCCCUCACAGGGCAUUAAGCCAAGACCAUUUGUUCAAGCCUACAAUCCUGCCUACGAUGACCAGCAUCAGCAGUACGCUGGAUACGAUGGAUCUCAAUCUCCUCCUCAAGAGCAUUACUACAGCGAUUAUAACCAGGCAUACAAUAAUAACUACAACACGAAUGCAUAUUCACAUGAUGCUUAUUAUGCACAUCAGCAAGAACCAAUGAUACCUAUUUCAACAUCGACAACUGCUGGUCUCUCUUCAGGUAAUCCUCCCCAUGGACGCAAUGUGCCAGAUGAGAAUGACUAUGAUCUGACUCGAAAAGUGUCGAGACAUGUUCCUGAUGAAAUCAACUAG